AUGGCAUGGCCGCCAUUGCUUAGUUGGAUCCUAUCUUCUUCUUCGUCUUCCUCUUCUUCUUCUUCCUCAGAGUAUGAAUCCGACGACAACAACGACAUUGAAGAUUUGGGAGGAAUUAAUGAUGUCCCCGACAACGUCCCAAAAUCACAAAAUGACAAUAUUGAUGAUCAUGAAAACGACGACGUCUCAUACGAACCGCAGGAGGAGGAUCAAAACUCCAACUCCACCUCCGACUACACCUUCACAGUCUCCGAACCCAGUGCAAAACGACGACGCAUUGAUCGCACAUACGAGCCAGCAUUGACGUCGGAAGCACCCGAGGAAAACAAGAAACGGCGUCGUAAAAGGGUGUGGAGCAAGGAGGACGAGCUGGAGUUGUUGCGGAGUUUGCUCGACGACUACUACAGCAGGGGACAAAUUAGAACCACCGUGAAGGACACGGCGUCGUUUUACGAAGAAGUUAAGCCCAAGUUAAAGCUGGAAUGUAACAGGGUCCAAAUGGUCGAGAAGCUGAGGAGAUUGAAGAAGAAGUACCACAACGUCGUAAACAAAAUGAACGGCAUGAACUCGACUGGCAAAGAGUUCCGCUUCAAAAACCCGCACGACAAGGUCGUUUUUGAACUUUCCAACAAGAUUUGGAACGUCGUAGAUUCGCAUGAAGAUUAUGAGCCAAAUUCUAAGUACGUUAGUGUUUGCAACAAUGUUAAGGUGAAAAAGGAGGAGGACAACGUGGGUAGCAGCAGCGUUGCAGAUCAUGAACGGCCACAGAUGAGACACGCGUGGUCGCAUUCUAGGCUAACAACAACGUAUGAUGAGAACAAUAAGGCUCAUGAUGUUUUGAAUGAUAAUGGAACGACGUCGUCGUUCGAUAUUAAUAAUAAUAACAAUAAUGUGGAUGAUAAUAUGAAGAAUGAUAUACCAGGGUUGAUAAUUGAGGGGGUGGCUAUGAAUCCAUUACCUCUGAGUUUAAGUAAAUUUGGAAGUGGGGUUGAGGUGGCGCAUGAGAAGUGGAGGAAGCAGCAGAUUUUGGAGCUGGAGGCAUACUCUAAAAGGUUGGAUUUGGUGCAGCAUCAGGUUAAGGCAGCUUUGGAUGAAUUGCGGUCCAAGGGAACUGAGUAA